AUGGCGAGCCCAACAACCGCUUCGGCGGCCAGCUCCAAACCUUCGUCCGUUAAGUCGGACGGCAAAAAAUCGCCGCGUUUGACCCCGCAGAAUGGCCAGCCCAUUACCAACGGCAAUUCGUCCCACGAGGCCCUGCCGAAACCUGCCGAAAAAUCCUCCAUGAAAGACAAACUUACGCGCAUGUUCUCUACGAAAGACGUCACCAGAAACGCUAUUGAGGUCCCUCAUCGUCCGCGCGGUUCCAGCUUUACUGAGAGCACAAAACCCCAACCCCCCAGCAGGAAAGCAUCAACAACCACCGCAGAAAGAGUUCCCGAAAAGCCCGCUUCCAAACCCGUCAAAACGCCCGCCAAAGAUCUCCACCGAUUCAUGGUCAACCCAGAAGCGCAGGGUGGCCACGAGCACCACCUCAAGUCAAGUCGCAGGCAAGAGAAGCUCUCCGACAUGUGGCGCACCCUCAUCGGCAAGAAGCAGGACCAACCUGCGGAGAAUGACCUCUCUCUUGUUUCCAACUGGGUAGAUACCCUCAAGGCGGAGAAGGAAGACAUGGCUGGUGAUAAGAAGAACGGUCCGAAUGCGACGACGACGCUGGUGGAGAAGUACGGAAAGUGCCAGGAGGUUGUAGGCCGUGGUGCCUUUGGAAUCGUUAGGAUAUCCCACAAGAAGAUUGAGAACGGCACAGAAAAGUUGUUCGCCGUCAAAGAGUUCCGUCGCCGGCCCGAGGAGACAGAAAAGAAGUACAGCAAGAGGCUGACUGCUGAAUUCUGCAUUUCCUCGUCGCUCCGACACCCCAACGUCAUCCACACCCUCGACCUGCUCAAGGACGCCAAGGGAGACUACUGCGAGGUAAUGGAGUUCUGUGCGGGCGGUGACCUGUACACCCUUGUCCUCUCGGCCGGCAAGCUGGAGGUGCAAGAAGCGGACUGCUAUUUCAAGCAGAUGAUGCGUGGCGUCGAAUACCUGCACGAGAUGGGUGUCGCCCACCGCGAUCUCAAGCCCGAGAACCUGCUGCUCACCACCCGUGGCGGCCUCAAGAUCACGGACUUUGGCAAUGGAGAAUGCUUCCGCAUGGCCUGGGAGACAGAUCCCCACAUGGUCUCUGGUCUCUGUGGCUCCGCCCCCUACAUUGCCCCCGAAGAGUACACCGACAAGGAAUUCGAUGCCCGCGCCGUCGACGUCUGGGCCUGCGGUGUCAUUUACAUGGCGAUGCGUACCGGCCGCCACCUCUGGCGCGUCGCUCGUAAGGACGAGGAUGAGUUCUAUGCUAGAUACUUGGAGGGUCGUCGUGAUGAGGAGGGGUACGGUCCCAUUGAGUCUUUGCAUAGAGCGCGCUGCAGGAAUGUGAUCUACUCCAUCCUGGAUCCCAAUCCGACCCGCCGCAUCACGGCCUCACAGGUCCUCAAGUCCGAAUGGGGCCGCGAGAUCAAGCUGUGCAAGGCUGGUGAGGAAGGUCUCUGA